AGUCGACCGUCUAUUGGCUGCAACCGAGCAGGAAACGCGAGUCAGGUGACGGCUUACCUGUCCUACUCAAGGCAGAACGAGUCUCGAAGUCAGUUAGAGUGGUGUUCUGAUAGACUCUCUCUCUUUCUCUCUGUCUCUCUCUCCCGCUACUUAGAUUUGAUUACUCUGUUUUGUUUUUGUUUUUGUGUGCGUUUGAAAAGCCCACCCGUUUACACACAAGUGACUUGUUCAAGUCAACAAUUGUCUGUUUGAAAGACAAGUGACGCAAGAAAUUGAUUGUUUUUCGUUGUCGAAAUCGAAGAAUCGAAUCGAGUUGAUAUCGGAGAAUUUGGACGGCGAGUGGCGUGCGUCUAGUGGCCCAUCGUUUCGAAAAAGAGGCAUAAUUAAAAAAAGGUUUCAAGUGAUGGUCUUGGUUGUUUAGUGAUUAUGUGCAUCACCUACAAAUGGUUGGAGAACAUGUACUUGAAGCGAUGCUCUCACUCCAGUAUUUGACUACGAGUUUGCGAAUGCGCAGGACUAGCUCUCUGUUUGACAUGGAGCCUUCGUUGUCUGUCGAAUGCGUGUCACGAGACCCGGCCGUGACGGCCGAGAGCGGCGGCCUUUUCGGCGGCCAGCACACAAGUGGCUUUCAUCGGGCGUCCAGGUGGCUCUGUUACUUGACCACCUGUCUGGCGUUCGUACUGGGCGUUGGCGUCGGGGUCGCCCUGCCGAUGAUCUACGCGUCUUCCGGCGGCAACGAGAUCAACAACACGCUGCUGACCUCCUGGCCGGCGGAGGCUAAAUCGCCAAUCAUCGUCCACCUGCCUCUCAAUUUGACUGCGACGAAUGGCAGCGUAGCGACGCGCCCACCGGCCAAAAGCAAAUGGCAGUUGCGUAAGAAGGAGAAGCAAAUGCUGGCGGCGCAACGUCGAAUGUCACUCAAAAGUCCCAGUCAGCCGGAUGGCGCUGCGUCAACGGAAGAAGAGGCAGCAACGGCCGACGUUGUCAGCUUCGUUCAGCCGCAAACGUCUUGGCUGGCGACGGCCAGUGAAGCGCCGCCACACGCCACCAUCUUGGCUGACGCUGUCAAAGGUAUUUUCUGGUCACGUGCCGUCGAGGACGUCCUGCCGACCGGCUUCGACGAGCACAACGCCAAAGAGUGGCGCGACUUCAGCCAUCAAAGUCCAAUCAGCCGCGUCGAGGAAGGCUGCGGCCGCAUGCAGAAUCGGCUGAUCACGUUCGAAAGCGGGCGCCAAUCGUGUUGCCGCUACCGCCAAAACUACGAUCAAAUCCAAGGCGAAAUCUUCAGUUUCUACCUGAGCCAGUUGCUCGGCUUGCGCAAUCUGCCGCCGUCCUCCCUGGGCCUGGUCCGGCCGCUAGACCGCCAAUGGAUUAACGUUCAAUCGUCGCUCAGUCAAGCCCAGUGGACAGACGACCGACCGGUGGUGUACACGCAGUUUCUCAACGACCUGGAGCCGGCCUACAUACCUGUUCAGUUUCGCGGCCGCGAUCGCCAUCUCAAUCCGUCCGAUGUUGAGCAUCACAAACUGGAGGACAAGGCGGGACGCGACGAGCUGAUAACGUUGGCUCAAUGGUCGGACCUUUUGGUCCUCGACUACCUGACAGCCAACCUGGACAGGAUGGUGAACAACAUGUACAACAUGCAGUGGAAUCCGGCCAUGAUGGAUUCACCGGCUCACAAUCUGGCACGCGAUUCACGAACGGGUUUGCUCGUCUUUCUGGACAACGAAAGUGGCCUACUGCACGGCUAUCGGCUGCUGGACAAGUACGAAGUCUAUCACAAGAGUCUGCUCGAUUCGUUGUGCGUCUUCCGACGAUCCACCGUCGACUCGCUGCGACAGUUGCAAUCGAAUAAGAACGUCGGCAAUCUAUUGCGCCACAUGUUUGAAACUCGCGAUCCAUCGUUGCUCGAUUUCCUACCUUUCCUGCCGGAGAAGAGCAUCAAGACACUCAAUUAUCGUAUCGAUCAAGUCCUUGAUCAAGUGGCUAAAUGUCAAUCUCUUUACGGCUCCUAAAAGAAAACAACAAGAAACAACUCAAAAAAACAAAACAAAAGGAAAAAACAACAACAACAAAAGUGGUGCGCUUUCAUGUUUGUGUGAACCUUGAAAUACGUGAUACAUAACUUGAACGAAAACAUCAAAGACAAGAUCGGGCAGUAAUGAUUUCUUACUGGCUUCGUUCGUCGUUCUUUUGUUUUGUGUGUUUGGUUUUUUUGUUGUUGUUUCUAAGCGCAACGACUCGUUAUAUUGACAGAUCAAAAGGAAUAAAAGGAAAAGAAAUGACGUCGAAAAAGAUGGAGAUGAUGGAUAUACUGCGCAUUCCAUUCGCAAGGACUGGCUAAUUGAAAAAUCGUGGGGAGAAUUUGAAAAAGAAACAAAAAUAAUAAUCAUAAUGAAACUGCAUUCACAACAAGAUACAACUUGAUUUCGACUUGUCUGCAAUCGUCGCCAGUUUUCUCCAAAAUUGAAACAGCUGAAUGUUUCUCUUUUCUUUUUUGAUGGAGAGAAAAGAAAGAAAAAAAACAACAAAAUCUGCAGGGUCAACCAGGUGGACGAAGUCGAACGGAGAAUCAGAAAUCUAUUUGGACCUGUCGUCUUUGUUCAAAUCAUACGCCCAUUUCUGUUUCUUUUCUUUUCAAUUGCAAAACGGUAAAAAUUCGUUACAGUUUCCGUUAAAAAAAAAAAAAGAAAAGAAAAACCAUAAAUCAUCGUGGCCAAUCUAAGAAGUCGAUUGGAGACAAUAGGACUGCAAAGACAUCGGAAGAAGAAGAAGAAGGGGGGCCAAACAAAACAAAACAAAAACUGGUCAGCGGAAGGAGAGGCUGCAGAAAGGAAUGUGCUGGUGGAACUGUACUACCCAUUCACCAUUGGCUAUAGUCGAAGGGAGGGUACCCCGGCUCUAUUUCACCUUUUAAAAAAAGAAAGAAAAAAGAAAAAAAAAGGUAAAUGGCAUUUUAUGACGUCUCCCUACGGCCAUUUUUCUUUUCAAGCAAAGAUUCAGUUUUCCAGUUUCUCUCCGCAUCCAUCCUCAACCCAAAAAGCAAAAUGUAUUUCCCUUCUCUUGUGUUCAGUCUGAUAAAUUUUUAUGAUGGCCACUAGAGAGGAGGAGGAGGAAAAGAAGGCAACAUUCAACCAAGAAACUGAUGGCAUUCAAUAUUUGAAAUGUCAUUCAGGUAAGAAACGAGCAAAAACUUUGCCCGUCUAUCGGUAAUUAGCUUGGGCCUCUAGCUUUCUCUUGAUUUGCGAACGAGGUCUCAAAACUCGCAAAUGGUUUCCCCGCUUUUCUUUUGUUUUUUUUUCCUUCGACUUCCCGCCCCCACCCCCCAAAAAAAAAAAUAUAAAAAAUAAAACUGUUCAAGGCGAUAUAUAUGCGACGUGUAUCCCAUUGAUGACUUGGUAUUUACAUUUAACGACGUCCAAGUCCUUGAAUGGCCCCGUGCCUGAAAAUGUUCCAAGAAUUUCGAUCUAUAUCGAAACGAUACUUCAUUUUUCUUCCUCCCGUUGCGACCAACUAGUGCAGAGGUUAAGGACUGCAUAACGACACUAGUCUGACAUUAAAAAGAACAACGUCGACUGUCUUGUCCAACUCCACAUUGAAUCCAUCGCCUUGGACAGUGAAAACGAAAUCAAUCCUAAUUUGUACUUAACCAUUUUGCUAUACUACCAAUGUCAACAAACGUAUUUGUUUUGUUUUGUUUUGUUUUUUGUUUUUUUUUUCGUUCUUUUUGUCCGAGCACAAACGCGACAGUCUUUCUUUGAUCUACGUUUUUCAUUUUUGGGUUCAUUCUUUGAAUUAUUAUUCAUAUUUUUUUUUUUUCGAUCCCCAACUUUGUAUCUGUUUUCGUCAUGCUAAAAUCUAGACUGUAUAUUGUAAGAUAUCAAAUCGGCCAAGUUUCAGCAUCCCAAAACGUGACGUCUAUGUGUGAAAUGUAAUAUCUGUAAAUGACUGUAAAUAACUUGUUAUAUCCGAUAAUAAAGUAAAAUGUCAAUAAAAGGAACAUUUCUUGUUUUCGAAA